CACGGACGGUGAAAGUGACUCAGAGUCGACCAUACAUAAAACGCAACACCCUCGCCCCAGGAGCGCCGCAACGUCUUGGACCGUUCCGACAGACACAAUGGCGACCUCAACACCAGCCUCUACCGGCGAUCUCACCUCGCAAAUCCUGCACACUCUUGAUAAGCAAAGCCCAAUUUUGACGGCGGACGCUUUCCCCGCCAUACCCUCGCAGGAUGUCAAGGCCGCCCUCGACAGACUUGGAUCACGAUCUAUGAUCACUUACGAGACCAUCGAGCGUGAGGAGGCCAUUCUUGAAGCAGAGGCCGAACAAAUUGCUGCCCAUGGUAGUCACGAGGCCCGUGUCUUCGAGGCCCUCCGCAAGGCCAUGGACGGAUUGACCGUCCAGGAGCUCGAAGCUGCCAUUGGUGAUAAGAACGUCACCAAGUUGGGCCAGGGCAAGGCUUUCCGUGAAAAGUGGAUUUCCAAGAGCAAGGAUGGCAAGCUCGUUGCUACCGCUGAAUCGAUCGAAGAUGUUACCCGCACCCAGCUCCAACAAGUGCAGCAGUCGAAAACCGGCGACGCCAAGGUUCUCGCUGACCUCAAGAAGCGCAAGCUGAUCAAGAUGCAGAAGAUCAUCAGCUUCAAGGUUGCCAAGGGCGAGAAGUUUGCCCUUGAGAUUCAGAAGGAGGAGACUGACCUCACAGCCGACAUGCUCGUCUCUGGUGCCUGGAAGACGGCCAACUUCAAGCCCUACAACUUCAAGGCUCUUGGCGGUGACCAACACGCCGGUGCCCUCCACCCUCUCAACAAGGUUCGCCAAGAGUUCCGCCAGAUCUUCUUCGAGAUGGGCUUCGAGGAAAUGCCUACCAACAAGUUCGUCGAGACCGGCUUCUGGAACUUCGACACCCUCUUCGUCCCCCAGCAGCACCCCGCUCGUGAUCUUCAGGACACCUUCUACAUCUCCGACCCCUUGGUUGGUGACAAGCCCCGUCCCCAGGUCGAGGGCCAAAACAUGGAGGAGUACUGGAACAACGUCAAGGACGUCCACCAGGAGGGCAAGUUCGGCUCUAUUGGUUACCGCUACCCAUGGGCUGCUGAAGAGUCCCAGCGCCUGGUUCUGCGAACACACACCACUUCCAUCUCGGCUUCCGUCCUGCACAAGUUGGCCGCCAAGAAGGGCCCUGAUGGCCGCCCUCCUCCUGCUCGCUACUUCUCUAUCGACCGUGUCUUCCGUAACGAAACCGUCGACGCUACCCAUUUGGCCGAAUUCCACCAGGUCGAAGGUGUCAUUGCCGACUACGGCCUCACUCUCGGUGGUCUGAUGGAGUUCAUGGAGGUCUUCUUCAACAAGAUGGGUCUCACCGACCUCAAGUUCAAGCCCGCCUACAACCCCUACACCGAACCCAGUAUGGAAAUCUUUGCCUACCACAAGGGUCUCGGCAAGCUCGUUGAGAUUGGUAACAGCGGCAUGUUCCGUCCGGAAAUGUUGGAGGCCAUGGGUCUUCCCAAGGACAUGCGUGUCUUCGGCUGGGGUCUCAGUCUGGAGCGUCCUACCAUGAUCAAGUACAAGAUCUCGAAUAUCCGUGAGUUGCUCGGUCACAAGGUCGACCUGAACUUCAUCGAGAAGAACGCGGCCGUGAGACUGGACAAGGAUUAAAAUGCAAAGAAAAAGAGAAGGCUAGAGAACAUAUGAUGUUUAAAAUAAAAUAAAAUAUUUGCCA